AUGUCAUACGGUUGCGGAUCUGUCAUGCUUCCUAUUUUAGGACGUGUUAUAAAUACAGCAAUGAUAUUUGAAGCAACAUAUCUUACAUAUGACCUAUUCCUAACUCCAACAUAUAAAAAAAUAUCAAAAUCACUCCAAACAAUGAAUGGAGAUGCAGCCACAUCAUGA